CAACCAAAAUCCAACACAACAAAUCGCUCUCGUUCUUGAACAUCAUCGUUUCACUAAUAUCCUUCGCAACACCUCCACACUCACAGGAGGGAUGGCGAGGACAUCAACAACUACCCUGUACAUCAGUGCUACUAAUACCAGGUUUCCAAAGCCACCUCUAAAUUUACAAUUCUGCCACAAUGCCACCAAAAUCCUCUCUCUAAAAAACCCACUUCCUCUCAUCAAUAAACACCCAUUUCUCCAAUAUUCCCAUCAUCAUCAUCAUCAUCAUCAGAAAAACCCCACAAGCGGUGCUAUCAAUUUCAGGUCCUUAGUGAUCAAAGCAUCAUCAUCAUCAAUGGCUUCUUCAACAAAGAUCAAACCUUUCUCUGUUCUCUUUGUGUGUUUAGGUAACAUUUGUAGGAGUCCAGCUGCUGAGGGUGUGUUUACUGAUAUUGUUGAAAAGAGAGGACUUGAUUCUGAGUUCAAGAUUGACUCUGCUGGCACCAUUGAUUACCAUGAGGGUAAUCCAGCUGACCCAAGAAUGAGGGCAGCUUCUAAAAGGCGUGGGGUUGAGAUAACUUCCAUAUCAAGGCCGAUUCGGCCAUCUGAUUUUAGAGAUUUUGAUAUCAUUCUUGCUAUGGACAAGCAAAAUAGAGAGGAUAUAAUGGAAGCUUUUAAUAGAUGGAAAUUUAGAGAGACACUUCCUGACGAUGCACACAAGAAGGUUAAGUUAAUGUGUUCUUUUUGUAAGAAACAUGAAGAAACUGAAGUCCCGGAUCCUUACUAUGGUGGACCGCAGGGUUUUGAGAAGGUUUUGGAUCUACUUGAAGAUGCUUGUGAAUCAUUGUUGGACAACAUUUUGGCUGAAAAAAUUUAACUUGCGGUUAAAUGCUGGUUGGUCCAACCUUCAGCAUCCUGCACAAACAUUUCAUUAGUGAUUUAAAGCAAUUGCAUGUUAUCUAUCACGAAGUAGAUUAAUGUCAAACUCCCAUGGUCAUCAGGGAUCUGUUUUUGUCCCUUUGUCUUGUGUUAUUACCAGAGAAAGUGGAAGUGAAUGUUGCUUUGGAUGUUAAACCUGUAGUUUGUGCUUAUGCAAAGGUAACGAUUAAUCUGGUUGUUGAGAUCAAAA